CCUUUGUAUAGUUGCGCUGUUAGCUAUUUCUAAAAUGUCGCCAGAUGCUAUGAUCUAUAAUCAAGAAACAUUGCCCUGGAUUGUUCAAAAAUUCGGUGGUACUAGUAUAGGGAAAUUUUUAGAUAGCAUUGCAGGCACAAUCAUAAAAUCUCACUUGGAAAAAAGCCAAGUUGCUAUUGUUUGUUCUGCAAGGAGCGGCGACACAAAGUCAAAAGGAACAACUAAUAAGUUACUUAAAGCGGCUGAAGAGGCUUUAAUUCCAGGUUCAAAAGAAUAUUAUAGAAUAGUUGAUGAAAUUGGACAAGAGCAUAUCAAUGCGUCGAGGAAAUUAAUCAGUGAUCCAGAAAUUCUCAAUGAAUUAGAAAAACAAUUGCUGCAGGAUUGCGCAAAAUUGAAGUGCUUUUUAGAAGCGGCGCAAAUCAUUGAAGAGGUAUCUCCUCGUUCAAAAGAUAUCAUCAUUAGUGUUGGUGAAAAGUUAACAUGUAGCAUUGUUACAUCGGUAUUAAGGGACAGGGGAAUUAGUACUGAAUUAAUAAACCUCGAUCACGUUAUUGAACAAGAAUUCGAUAUGAACUGUCUUGAUCAAAAAUUUUAUGAUUAUUUGGCUCAAAGAAUUGCGGAGGCCGUUAAAAAAUGUGGUAAUCGUGUACCAGUUGUUACAGGAUUUUUUGGGACAGUGCCUGGCGGUCUUCUAACUAAUAUUGGGCGUGGUUACACGGAUUUAUGUGCUGCACUUCUUGCAGUUGGGAUCGGUGCCAAAGAACUUCAAGUUUGGAAAGAAGUCGAUGGUAUUUUUACAGCAGAUCCCCGUAAAGUAAAAAAUGCACGGCUUAUUCCCAUUAUUACACCGGAAGAAGCGGCAGAAUUGACAUAUUAUGGGUCAGAGGUUAUACAUCCGUUUACCAUGGAACAGGUCAUGCGUUCGAACAUUCCAAUUCGCAUAAAGAAUGUUAUGAAUCCAUUAGGAAAAGGAACAGUUAUUUUUCCCGACACCUCUCUUAAAAAUGGAUCAUUAACUCGGCUUAAUAUUUCCGAGCUUCUAUAUCAAAAUGGUUAUCUUCGAGAUAUGUCAAGGAAACAUCCUACAGCUGUUACUAUUAAGAAUAACAUCGUUGUUCUUAACAUUCAUUCUAAUAGAAAAACCAUGAGUCACGGAUUUUUUGCACAAAUAUUUGCGGCAUUAGAUAAUUACGGAAUCGUAGUUGAUUUGAUUUCGACGAGUGAGGUUCAUGUUUCUAUGGCACUCGGUGCAGAAAUCGUGGAGCGAGACUUACAGAGAGCAUUGGAUGAUUUGAAAAAAUUGGGCAGGGUUGAUGUGACCAUCAACAUGGCAAUCCUGAGUUUGGUCGGAAAGCAAAUGAAAAAUAUGGUAGGCAUUGCAGGUAAGAUGUUUACCAAACUAGCUGAAGCGAAUGUGAACAUUGAGAUGAUAUCGCAAGGUUCAUCAGAAAUUAACAUUUCUUGUGUUAUUGAUGAGUAUAAUUCUGAAAAAGCGUUAAAUGUUAUACACGAAGAACUUUUGAAUAUCUCAUCAAAAUAA